UAAAAGUUUCAAGUCAUAGCGCGGGACGGAUCCUAUGACGUUGAAGUGGGAGAAGAUGGCGGCGGCGGCGGCUUUGGAGCGCAGCUUCAUAGAGAUCUGUGGAUUUGAAAGGGAAACUCCGCACAGGUUUAAAGAAGUCACCGUAAACCUCGGUCUGACUGUUGUUGCUGGUGGGAAGUUUCCAGACAGUGCAGGCGCGUUUCAUUAUGAGGAGAGCGGGAAGCUGCUGUCCAUUACCAGUAACAGAUUUGUCCACUGGUCCACGUCAGGAGACAUAGUUCAGCUAGUGGAACAGUCUCUGGACACCAACUUGCUCAACAACGCCGUCAAACUCCGGUUCACCCACUGUACUGUGCUGCCUGGGGGGGUACACAUACAGGAGACCCUCAACAAUGUGGUCAUCCUCAUCUCCACCAAUCAGAGCAUCCAUAGACUGGUGCUGCCUCACCCUUCUCGCAUGUACCGCAGCGAAUUAGUGACAGAGCUGCAAAUGCAGUCCAUCUUUACUGAUGUGGGGAAGCUGAGUCUACAGGACUCCCCUUAUGGUGCCAUCAUCCCUGUUGGGCCCAUAGGGAGUCCCAGCACUGCAACGUCCUGGCUCAGUCGUGAGGGAGAAGCCCACUAUGCUCUGGCCUCCCCAGCAGGAGGGAUCAUGGUGGUGACUCUGCCCCCUCAUGAUACACAAGGCAGCAUGUCUGUGCUGGAGCUGAAGAGAAGCUCUAUGAUGCAGAGACUCUCAGGCUGGAUGCCCUCAUCCAUCAGGGGGGAGCACGGUCCGGCUGACCUGGCCCUCAGUCUGGCUGUUCGAGAACUAGAGGAAGAUUCCUUCAUCUUCGCCCUGUGUCAGGAUCACAAACUGCGCAUGUGGUCCUUCAGGGAGCAAGCCUGUCGGCUAGAGGCCGACAUGCUGGAUUACAUGCCAGCCUGUAAAGGUGUAAAGCGUCUGUCGGGCCAGGGCCACCGCCUGAGGCUGGCCUUCUCCUCCAUAACCGGCCUGUGUCUGUGUGUUUACCUGGCUGUACCUGCCAGAGGACAGUUCAUCGUUCUUCAGGUGGUCCCCACCAAUAACAAUCGCUACAGCUUCGAGCACAUCUCUUCCCUUUUCACCACUCAGGAGACACUUUUGGACUUUGCUCUCACCUCCUCAGAUGUCUGGGGACUGUGGGUAGAUGACUUCAACAACACUGUUGUCAAAUACAUCAGUUUUGAGCAUAACACAGCAGGACAGUGGAACCAGGUGUUUGUUCAGCCUCCACCAGAUGAAGAAGUCCACAUCGGAGUGGACCAGGACCCCAGAGAGACGUACCUGGAGGUUCUCUUCUCUCCUCUGCGAUUCACUGCGUCAGCAAUAGUUAAAGCUCUUCAGAUCUAUUGUCGGGGGUCAGAGAGAAUCACUAAUGUCUCCUGGGAAAGCCUUAAGAAGGAGGUGACUUUGGCUGUGGAGAGUGAGCUGCAGAGCAGCGUGACAGAGUUUGAGUUUUCUCAGGAGGAGUACCGUCAGUUGCAGGUGGAGUUCUGGUCCAAGUUCCAUGCCUGUUGCCUGCAGUACCAGGAAGCUCUGUCCACUCCUGUGGGUCUAACAGUCAGCCCCCACACAUCUAUGGUGUGCCUGCUAAAGAAGGGUUUUAUCUCGUUCCUCCUGCCGUGCUUUGCUGUGGAUCAUUUGUAUCUUUCCUAUGACGAGUAUCUGUUUUCUGAGGAGGAGACGCCCAUCACGGAUGAUGUGGAGGGGGGGCAUGACAUGCUGCAGAUGGUUCAGUGCCUGCGUCUGGUGACUGAUGCAGUUUCUGGAGAGAUGGCAUAUGAGAUGGAGAAGGCGUUGGAACACCUUGAGUCACCAGAGAGAGCUGCAGAACUGGUCCUGGAGAACUUGCUGUCCAACAACCACAGUGAUAACGUGAUUGACGACAUCCAGAACAAGAUGCAGGACAUCAGGAACCCAAUAUCAGCUAUGAUGGUUCUGCUGAGGGAACUGGACCUGGAGACGGAUGCUGAAGUUGGAGGAGGAACCAUUGCUCCUGAUGCAGGUCAGAAUCUAAACAUGCGGAUCAGUCUAUCUCAGCUGUAUGGCAGCAGCUCUGCUGUGUCUGUGAUCUGUCAGACGGUUUGUCACAUGGCCAUGACCAGAGCCGUGUUCUGCAGAGACCUGCUCAUCCUGCAGAAACUCUAUAUGCGAUUUGGAGACAAUGUAUUUCUGGGUGGGGGUGGGCAGCUGUUGCAGUUACAACAGGAUCUGAUUCCUCGCUGCUCCCACCUCCUCUCCUCAUACCACGUCCUGAAGCACUUCAGUCAGAGCCUGGCCUCCUCUGUCCCUGUGGAUAUCAUAGAUGCUAACCUUCAGCACCUCACAGUGUUGGAAUUGUCUGACAGCCCGGCAUUCUCCACUAUCAGAUCAGUGUUAAGUCCUCAGACGGUUGUAGAGAUGUUCUACCAGACUGUUGCCAGGAAGAUCAUCAUCUCUCAGAUUUACUCUCAGCAGCAGAGCAGCACCCUGCUGCUCUGGCCUCACAUGGUCUCUAAUGUGGUCCACCUGCUCGCUCAGCUUCUUUGGCCCAGUAACCCUGGUUUCCAGUUCCCUGAGUGUCUGAUGGCCAACUGUCAGCACAUACAGCUGCAGGAGUAUGUGAGACUGAUAAGUCCGUGGUGUCAGGUCAACAUUGGCUCCUGUCACUUCAUGUUGGCUCAGUGCUAUCUGGCGUAUGGCGAAGGCCAAAAGGCUCUGCAGUGUUUCCAGAAGGCAGCGACCGAGGUGGAGAAGGAGGAGUUCCUGAUGAGACUGACAGGAGCUGAAGAGGACGAAGCUGCUUCCACCCCUCGAUUACAAUACUACAACAAGGUCCUGCGUUUACUGGAGGACGUUGGUCUGCCUGAGUUGGUCAUCCAGUUGGCUUCUCUGACCAUAAACGAAGCAGUGAGUGACAUCAGCAGUCUGGCAGCACUGUGGACUAGAAUAUUCAAACAUCAUCUGGAUCUUGGACACAAUACUGAAGCCUACGAAGCUUUGACACAGAACCCAGAUAAUAGCAUGAAGCUUGAUUGUCUACGUCAGCUAGUGGUGGUCUUGUGUGAACGUUCUCAGCUCCAGGAUUUAGUUCAGUUCCCAUACGUCAAUCUUCACGAUGAGGUUGUCGGUAUCAUCGAAUCUCGGGCUAGAGGUUUGGACCUGCUGGCUCAUAACUACUACGAGCUGCUCUACGCCUUCCACAUCAACAGACACAACUACAGGAAAGCUGGUACGGUGAUGUUUGAGUUUGGAAUGCGACUGGGUCGGGAGGUUCGCACUCAGCUUGGCCUUCAGAAACAGGUGAACUGUUACCUGGCUUCUCUCAACUGUCUUCGCCUAAUUAGACCCGAGUUCGCCUGGAUUGUGCAGCCAGUCUCUGGAGCUGUGUAUGAGCGUCCAGGAGCAUCUCCAAAGAGAAACUCUGAAGGAGAGUUUUCUUAUGAACCAGGUAAACGUCAGGUUGACAUCCUGGAACUCAGGGACCUGGAGAAGGAGUACGUCCUUUCCCGGAGCCGUCUCACCCUGGCUCAGCACCACCCACCGUCUGCCUCCAUUGCAGGCAGUGCGACCGCUGAGGAGAUGGUGUCCCUUCUGGUCCAGACCGGGCUCUAUGACUCGGCUCUGUCUGUGUGUCAAACCUUCACUCUGAACCUGACGCCGGUCUUUGAGGGUCUGGCCUUCAAGUGCAUCAAGCUUCAGUUUGGGGGGGAGGACACUCAGAACGAGGCCUGGACUUGGUUGGCUGUUAAUCAGCUGUCGUCAGUCAUCAACACCAAAGAGUCCAGUGCCACAGACGAGGCGUGGCGGCUGCUGGCCUCCUACCUUGAGAGGUAUCCGUCCUCUAAUGGACAGCAUCAACGCUGCGUCAUCAGCAAGCUGCUGUCACACGGUGUCCCGCUUCCUGAUUGGCUGAUCAAGUUAUACAAGGCCGUGGACGCAGCAUCGCUGCUCCGUCUCUACCUGCAUUUUGACCUCUUGGAAGCUGCAGCUGAGCUGGUGCUGGAAUAUGUUGACGCUCUGCUGGGGAGGGGACACCAGUAUUUUGGAAUACAGAGAGCUCUGUCUGCGACGUCUUCUUCUGUCUGGCUGCCGUACACCUCCAUUGAUCAGCUGCUGCAGGCGCUCAGUGAGACUCAGACCAACCUUAGCAUUUACGUCAAGGUUCAAGACAAACUGGAUGAAUAUCACAAACUAGUGGAUCAGACGACGAGACUGAGGCUGGCGGCUCGAUGAGAAACCAGUGGAAACAGAGUUCUCUUGCGUCUGGAUUCUUUUUAAAUGUGUAAAUUAUUAAGUGGCUGCUUAUGGUUUUUUACUGGUCAUUUUUCUGUAAGCCCUGAAGAAUAAACUUUGUUUCAGUGAGA